CUGCGCGCUGGGGACAACCGUUGCAGGGCGCCCACGGCCCUGAGUGGGGGACAGUCGCCCUAGGCACCCUCUCUUUUCGGCCCUGAGGUACCCGGCCUGGUGGCCCAGGACGUUCCCGUCGCAUGGCGGAGUGCUGCGGACGAUGCCCAUGAAGUUCUUAGUCCUUCUAGUCGCGCUGUUGCUAUGGCCUUCGUUCGUGCCGGCCAUUCCGAGCAUAACCGUGACGCCUGACGAAGAACAAAACUUAAAUCAUUAUGUAGAAGUUUUACAGAACCUAAUACUAAGUGUUCCUACUAGGGAGCCAGGUCGUGAGAAAAAAUCAAAGUCUCCAAAUAAUGUUCAUUCUAUAGGACCGAAGGUAUCAAGAUUAAAGGAGAUAAUCACACAUGGAGACGUUUCAACUGAAAAUGAUGUUUUAAUCAAUCCUCUUGGUGAAGAAACCACAGCUUCCCCAACUGGAGGCUUCACACUGGAAGUACAGAAGAAAAAACCUACCGAAAGCACAGCAUUCUGGUCGAUUAAACCAAAUAAUGUUUCUAUUGUUUUACACACAGAUGAACCUUAUAUUGUAAAAGAGCCAGAGCCAGAGCCAGAGCCAGAGCCAGAACCAGAAAUAUCACAAACAAAUCCAUGGCUAAGCUUUACUGAGACAUCCCCAAGCCCAGAGGUCACCUCAGGCCAACCGUCUGUCACUCCUUUAAGUAUAAACACUGACAUGAAUACCGUCACAGAGCUAGAAGAUGUUCCUCAGCUCUCAGGCGAAUAUGAAAUGGGAACACCUGACACAGUAAAAUUUGAAAAACACCCACAGAUUCUGAAUAAUGAAGACAUUUUGAAAAAAAUUUCAGAUAUUCAUUCACAGGUACAACGGGUACCUCUUGCUGAAAGCCUCAAGCCAGAAUACAGAGAGGACAUUCGAGCCUCUAGAGAGCACCUAAAACGGAGCCUUGCUUUAGCAGAAGCAGCAGAACAUAAACUACAAAAGAUGUAUAGAUCCCAGCUAUUACCACUAGCACGAAGCAGUAGUGGAAUUGAUGACAUUGAAACUGUUAUUAACACGCUGUACAAUUCCAGAUCUAAAUUAGCUGCAUAUUUAGAUAUUAGAUAUGUUCCACCAGAGAUGAGACAGAAAGCUACUACAGUAUUCAAUACAUUGAAAAAAAUAUUAUGUGUAAAUCAACAAGAAACUCAAAAUCUUAUUAGGAAGUUAUUAAACAAUAAUAUAAAAAUUUUAAACCUACUUGAUGUUCCAUGACAAAGUUGAUUUAAGCAAACUGUGCAUUCAUUUUACUGGAGAAAUAAACAUUAGUGAUUCACCAGUUGUAUGAAAAUAUUUUCUAUUCAAUGUGCUAACAUCUUUACAUGUCAUGUUAUAAAAAACUUUCAUAUGCACAAAAGCCUAAUAAUUUAAAAUAAAAUUUUGGUUCAGGAGUUUGUAGUUUUUUUCUCAUUAAUUAAAAGUUAUGAAGAUCUAACCUUUAAAAUGUUUAAGCUUUGAUUUUACUUGAAUAGAUUAGUUAAGUUCACCCAUUUUAUAAAAGUUAAGAGACUGUGCAAUCUGUAUGUAGCCUGUUUUAAAUAAUUGAAUAUAAAUGUAAAAUUUUAGUAUAUAUGGUCUUUAUUACUCUUUCAGAGAAUCUGAGUUUUCUGUCUGAAUAGCAAAGUUGGAACUUGAAUCAGCUGCUUUAUUGAAGAUCUGUCUGCCUCCUUUAAAAGGUGGAUGGUAUAUGGAGAUAUGUCCCUGUUUCUUUGUUGUUAAAUACUUUUGGAGUAUCAGUGAGUUACUGUAACUUGGACUUGUAAUGUAGUCAUUCUCACCUAAUUCCUAUUUGUCUGUUUCUAUACAUAUACUUUGAAGUUUUGCAAGUCUUUUGUGAGGAAUAUGACUAACACGAUUAAGGUUAACUGUGUAAUAUUGUGCUUAUGGUGCAUGUAAUUCUCUUUCAUGAUUUGACCAGUAUUGUGUUUAAAUUUGUUUGUUCAUUCAUUCAUCAAACCAGUCAUUUAUAGUUUAGUAGAGAUUUAUUGUCCUUUUAUACUAUAUGCAGAAAAAAUGCUAGGUUUUGGGGAUAUAGUAAGACCUGUUUCUUUUCUCUAUGAGAUUGUUUUACAGGAGGAAAGACAGACAUUAAAUAAAUAACUUCGCUAAUUUUUAAAUUUCAGUUGUGACAAGUUGUUAUGAAGCUGUGAGAAGCUUGACCUCACCUAGACGGAAAACAAUGGGAAAGCUGUCCCGAGAAGGCAGCAUUUCUGGUAGUAUCUGAAGGAUCAGGGUGCAUGUAGGGGAAGGUGGCAUUCCCAGCAGAGGGAACAGCAAGUGUGAUGCUCUGAGUUGGGAAUGAGUAUGGCAAGUUCAAAAAGUAGGAAGUAGUUGGAGUGUAGAAACGUAUGGUAGAACAUCUCAAGAUGGAGCUGGUGAGGUACCCAGGAUUGGAAUAGAUUGUGCAAGGCCUUAAAAUGUAUAUAUAUUGACGGUGCUAGCUGUUAUCCUAUCUAUGAUUGGUGAGAAGCGUUU